AUGGGGAUAUCCAAGGUGACCGGCAUCGCCGCAACAGCUUUUCUUGUCACAUCUGUUAGUUUGUGCAAGAUGGGCAUGAGGAUUAUUAUGCUUCCUUUCCUAUUCACCGGUUGUGUUGCUUUUGCUGUCACGAUUGCAUCACAUAAUGCCAUCAAUCUACCUUGGAUCCUGGGGAAGAACUCAGUAGGAAGAUUUCCUCUCUGGUCAAUUGUACUAUUUGGUCCUUUCUUGAUGCUUGCUCGGGCAUAUGCAAUGGUUAAGAGAUACAUGAGGAAGGAAUCUGUAUAUGACAAGAUUGUGGAAGGCCUAUAUCUGGGAGGAUGGCCAUUUCUCUUGAAACAUUUGCCCCCUGGAAGUCCAUCUGUCAUAGAUUGCACUUGUGAGCUGCCAAGAAGUUCCUUUGUUCCAGCAGACGAGUAUCUUUGUCUUGCAACUUGGGAUACAAGAGCUCCAACACCGUACCAAAUUGAACAUGCUGCAUGUUGGGCUUGUCAAAAGAGAUCUGAGGGGAAACCAGUUUAUGUCCAUUGUGCAUUUGGUCAUGGAAGAAGUGCUUGUGUUGUUUGUGCAAUUCUGGUAGCCCUGGGCGUCGCUGAAACCUCGAAAGAUGCUGAGAAUAUCAUCCGUGAAAGACGAAAGAUAAAAAUGAAUGCUCUUCACUGGAAGACCUUGGAAGAGUGGUCCAAACAUCGAGUUUCUCAGAAAAAAGGAAAUUAG